AUGCAGCAUCAGUAUAAUGCUCCGCCCCCUCAGCCUGGUCCCUCUCAGUAUGCCCCAUACCAUCGACCCGUCCCUUCUCAGCCGUUACCUAAUCCUCAUGAGCAGCAAUAUCAACCAGGACCAUCUCAACCAUACUCUCCGGUCAAUCACAAUCCACACGAUGCGGGAUACCACCCGAAUGGACACGACAUCUCGUCGCCAGCCUCAAGUAUAUACACUCACCCCUCCCAGCAACAUAUGUACCAGAAUCCACCGCCGCAAGCAACCUCAUCUCACACCUAUGCGCCCUAUCACCCACCCGUGCCUACAGUAGAGGCGGUUCCUCCUCCCACUCCGAAAGUCGCUUAUGAAGCUCCUGUCUUCCAGACAUUCCAAGAGAGAAAAAGAGCGAAAGAAGCGGCUCUAAGAGCUCAGGCUGGCAUGUCGUCUUCUUCCUCUUCAAAUCCAACAACGUCGCCUCCUCCUCCUCCUUCAAUGUAUUCUCAGCCUCCGCCUCCAUCACAACCGAUACAUUCACAUAGAUCACCUUCGCCUAUCGCUCACCCGCCUCCCUCAACUAUGGCAAUGAUGGGUCAACAGUCACCUUCGGGAGGUCCGCCUCCAGCCCCUCCCGUCAGAUCAAGGAGUCCAGCACCGCCUGUCAUCAAUACAACUGAUCCUCAGUCUACCUCACGUGCUUUGCCUCACUCGCAAUCUCGGCCUCUUCCAUCUCCACGAGCAUUACCCUCAUUCCCAUUGGAAACACCAAUUUCAACAUCUAGUCACUCUGGAACAUCAUCUCCUCGUACUCCAUUCCGUAAUGAUAUGCCUCCUCCACCUAUACCUGUACCUUCCCCAAUUCAGGCCAACCUGGAACGAUCUGAUACCGUAUCGUCAGUUAAAUCGUUAGAUCGUACUGGGUUCAGCUCUUCCCCUGUCAAGAGGUCACUACCUAAACCUCCGGUCGGUGUGAAUAGCUCAAAGAGCUUGGAUCGAGGUAUACCUUCAAGUAUUGGUAUGGGUAUGGGCGAUGGAUUUAGAAAGAACAUGAGUAGGAAACAGCCAUCAGUGGUAGAAGAAGGAAGUGAAAGGACAUUGGUGGAUGGUAUGGCUGGCAUAUCAAUUGACCAGAAUAGAACGCCGUCACCCACACCUAUACUACCAGCAGUACCGACAAUCAGGACUCCAUCUACAUCUCCGUCACCCAAUCCACCUACUAUCAUAAUUCCAGGUUCAUCUUCCGACAAUCGUGCUCCAGCUAAAUUCACACCUUUACCUACUAUCAAUUUACCUGACUCGGACACUUCUUCGAUAGCUACCACUGACGAUGAGAUAGACCCUCAAGAUCCAUCUCAAGUAACACCCAAAGCGAAAGGAAAGAAUAACGGUCCUUCUUCACCCGGUAUACAAUUCUCUGGACUUCCAAUGAUCUUAGUGUCGUCAUCUGACACCGCAGAUGAACCUCCACAAGGUGGUGAAAUCAGCUUCACCGUACCUACGAUCAACUUUGGUAAUGAUGCACCGACUAUCAGUGUCCCGUCGAUAUUGACUGGCCCACCUGCCAGUACUGCUUCCCGUCCUCAACAGCAUCGCAUACAACCGGACGGUUCAGCAUUCCUCUGCUCGGGAUGCGGUAACGCUAUCAUCGGUCGAAUCGUUAAUGCCAUGAAUCAACGUUGGCACCCUCAAUGCUUCAUGUGUGCUGAGUGUGGAGAGUUGUUAGAGCACGUAAGUAGUUAUGAAUGGGAGGGGAAAGCCUAUUGUCAUUUGGAUUUCCAUGAUAAAUUUGCACAUCGUUGUCAUCAUUGUCAAACACCGAUUGUCGAUCCUCGCUUCGUCACUCUGAACGAUCCCGUUCUUGGUCAACGAUAUUAUCAUGAACUUCAUUUCUUCUGCUCAGAAUGCGGAGACCCUUUCCUUGAUCCUUCUAAAUCCUCUGCUCCAGGAACAGAGAAAAUCAGAGGGGGAAAUAACGAUGGGGAAGAAGAAGAAGAAGAUAACGAAACCAGCGCAUUUGUCAUUCAAAAGGGACAUCCAUACUGCGAGAAGUGUCAUCUCCGACUUCAUAAACCGAAAUGUAAGGCUUGUAAUUUACCGAUACCUGAUUUGGCUAUCAACGCGAUGGGAGCGAAAUGGCACAAAGAGUGUUUUGUAUGCGCUCAAUGCCACAAUGAAUUCGCCAAUAAUCUCUUCUUCCCGAAAGAUGGCAAAGCAUUCUGCACAUCUUGCUACGAAACUAUUAUAGCUUCUGAGUAG